GUUGUGCUACUAUGAAGUCACACAGUUGCGUCUUUAAAGGACCGCUCUUUCACACCUGUUACAUGCACCCUGUCACUGUAAACUGGCCUGUCAAUAAUCUUGUCACAGUUAACAUUCACCACAUUUCAUUUCAUUUAACUUCCAGCCAUACUGGAGAGAAAAUAAGUAGCUCAUUGAUCUGUCAGUCUCGGGUCUUUCAUGUGGAGAACUCUGCUCAUAUUUUCUGCAUAAUGAUGCAUUUAAAAGUUAAUGACCAAAUGGAUGUUUAUAAAAGCUCACAUUGCUGUUGUAGAUGAAAUAACAUUUAAACUUGUGACAUUCAGUACAAAGUCAGCACUCUUGUGAUAGGCUAUUGCAUUCCAUGCUUGUGUGAUGUCAUAUGAUAUAAGACAAAAACUCAUACAGGGGCAUUUUUGCACCAAUAUCUUGGAUUUUAGGGAGAGUUGUUAUCCUGAAUCAUAUUUGUCAACUGUCAACUGUAUGAUGAUGUACAGGUCUGGGGGCGGGGCCAAUUCGUUAACUGCGUUCAAAUAUUUUAUAUAAAUAGUCUAGGCUAAAUAUCAUAUAUAGUUUUAUUUUAUUUAGUAGCUACUAUUUUAUUUAAUUGUUCAUCAUAUCUUUUGAUUAUCUUAAGAAAAGUUCUUGAUGAAUAGUUGAGUAUAAGGGGAGGAGGCUGGAGAUGUGAGUGACACCUCCCUCUGUACCUGCAUGAAACCUUACAGACAGAAGAUGCUUUUCUUUUCUCGUUGUGCUCGGGUAUGUUUAUAGGACUUUUCGCAAAAAACUAAAGGACGAUGUAGAAGUUCUUCACGAGUGUCCAUAUGGACUCUAUGCAGCGUUGAAGCAUUUUAGACGUUUCGCUGGUCUGAAAGAUGAACGCAUCUCAGCAGAUCCACUUCCCUUCCAUCUGGAAAGUCGAGUCUGUAAUCAUUUCUGUCUUAUUCUCGAUUAUUUUUUUGGUUGGUACCGUGGGGAACUGUCUUGUGCUCGCGGUUCUCAUUCGCAACGGCCAGAUGAACACAAAGAGCACCAACCUGUUCAUCCUGAACCUCGGGCUGGCGGACCUCUGCUUCAUUGUCUUCUGCGUGCCUUUCCAGGCUACCAUCUAUACAAUGGACGAGUGGGUUUUUGGACAGUUUGUGUGCAAAGCUGUACACUUUAUCAUCUACCUGACAAUGUACGCGAGCAUCUUCACGCUGGCAGCGGUGUCUCUGGACAGAUAUCUCGCCAUUCGGUAUCCCCUGCGCUCAAGAGAGACCAGAACUCCUCGUAACGCUCUGACCUCCAUCAGCCUUGUGUGGGCUCUAUCGCUGUUCUUCUCCUGCCCUUAUCUCAGCUACUACCAGCAGAUGGAUCUAGACGGGACCACCGUUUGCAUCCCAUCAUGGAACACCCAUCAUCGACGAGCCAUGGACGUCUGCACCUUCAUUUUCGGCUACCUGAUCCCAGUCCUCAUUCUUAGCAUCACGUACGCUCGCACCAUCCGCUACCUCUGGACCUCAGUGGACCCCAUGCAGGACAUGUCAGAGUCCCGCAAGGCCAAGCGCAAGGUGACCAAGAUGAUAAUCAUCGUUGCUGCGCUCUUCUGUUUAUGUUGGCUGCCACAUCACCUGGUUAUCUUGUGCAUGUGGUUCGGCCACUUCCCGCUUAACCACACAACCUACGUCCUCCGUAUUCUCUCUCACCUGGUGGCGUACACCAACUCCUGCCUGAACCCCAUCGUCUACGCCCUGGUGUCUAAACACUUUCGAAAGGGCUUCAAGAAGGUGUUUGGCUGCGCGUUUCAUAAUCGGGUCGUAAACCGCAUCCACACUGUGCAGCCGGCGCAGACGGUGAGCCUGAUGGAAGCUGCCUUGUGUGAAGGAUCCAAUCAUAGCGAUGGGUCAAACCGAGGUCGCCUCUGGAGCAAAAGUAGCAAGAAGAUGAUGACGAGUGCCUUCAUGACAUUUAAUGUGACAUAAUCCACUUACACUCUCACCUACUGUCAAAUCAGUGCUUUACCCAAGUAUAAAACUCUUCUGUUCCGGUGGCUUUUAACAGCAUUUGAGCUGUGAUUACAUAACAAAAGUUAUGUAUCAUAUAGGCGCAGAUUGUCAGGUAGAGAGGAAGCAGCGCUUUUUGUGUUCUUGGUGAGGACAGUGAUCGAUGUUUAAAAUGAAAGUCUCUCUUGCGUCUGUGUUUUGUCAGUGUUGGCAGCUUUCGUCACUGUGCAGUGGUGGCUGUGUGUUUUCUAACAGAAUCAUGGUAGGGUUUUCCAGAGGUACGAGCAGAUUCAAUUAUCAGAGGACCGUGUCAAGUUGUUCACGGCAAACGUUUAUAACAAGCUGGUCAUAGAAUGAGGUUUAGAAUUUAUG